AUGAAGAACAGUCUUGUCAUCGCAGCAGCUGCGCUGCUCGGCGCCGCCGAUGCUGGCAUGCAUCGUAUGAAGCUUCAGAAGGUGCCUCUGUCGGAGCAACUAAGCGCUGCCAAUAUUGGCGACCACAUGCGUGCGCUCCGUCACAAAUACACACAGAAGCCCAUCGGCGGCCCCAGCGAGGACAUCUUCCGCGACACCUCCAUCCAUCCUGAUGCUCCCCAUGAUGUCCCGGUCGAGAAUUUCCUGAAUGCGCAAUACUUCAGCACCAUUGCCCUAGGAACACCAGCUCAGGAAUUCAAGGUUGUCCUCGACACUGGCAGCUCCAACCUCUGGGUUCCCAGCACCCAGUGCGGCUCGAUCGCCUGCUACCUCCAUCAGAAAUACGAUUCCUCGGCCUCGUCCACCUACAAGAAGAACGGAUCUGAGUUUGGGAUUCGCUACGGCUCUGGAGAGGUGGCUGGCUUCAUCUCUCAGGACCUCCUUCGCAUCGGAGACCUCAAGGUCAAAGAUCAAUUGUUCGGAGAGGCGACCAGCGAACCCGGCCUGGCUUUUGCCUUUGGCCGUUUCGAUGGCAUUUUGGGUUUGGGCUACGAUACCAUCUCGGUCAACCACAUCCCUCCACCAUUCUACAACAUGGUUGACCAGAAGCUUCUUGACGAGCCUGUCUUUGCCUUCUACCUUGGCAACACUGAGGAUGGCACCGAGUCUGAGGCCACUUUUGGCGGCAUUGACAGCAACCAUUACACAGGCAAGAUGAUCAAGAUCCCACUCCGACGCAAGGCGUACUGGGAGGUCAAUCUUGACUCUAUCACGCUUGGCAAGGACUCGGCAGAUCUUGACAACACUGGUGUAAUUCUCGACACCGGCACUUCGUUGAUCGCUCUCCCAAGCACUCUUGCCGAACUGCUCAACAAGGAGAUUGGUGCUAAGAAGGGCUUUAACGGCCAAUACACGGUUGAAUGCGACAAGCGCGACUCGCUGCCAGAUAUCACCUUUACUCUCAGCGGGUACAACUUUUCCAUCACCGCUCACGACUAUAUUCUUGAGGUCCAGGGUUCUUGCAUCAGCAGCUUCAUGGGCAUGGAUUUCCCAGCUCCCACCGGUCCUCUUGCUAUCCUUGGUGACAGCUUUUUGAGGAGAUGGUAUAGUGUCUACGACCUGGGCAAUGAUGCGGUUGCUUUGGCCAGGAGCAAGUAA